CCUCUCCCGAUCCACGGAUCUGGCGACCGCGCGCCAAAUCCAUGGAUCGCGAAUCCAUGUUCGCGAGCCCCCGGUAGGAGGGCGUGGGCCGAGGAGGGUCCCAGCCAGGCCCGAUGGUGGUGCACAGGACCCCUGCGUGGGUGCCCUGUGCCCUGCAGUGUCCGGGUGCCGAUCUGCGAUGCCGCUGCCGGGUGCGCCGCUCCGACCGCACCGAGCACCCGCCGGCGCUGCGGGUAAGUUAGAGGUGCGCAUGCGCCUCAGGGGCGUUCCUCUCGAGAGAUCGUCGAUACGAUCAGCGAUGCGACGGGAGAGGGGCACGGCUUCUCUGGUCGCGGCGGGCCGGCGAGGAUCUGGCGGACAACGACGACCUGAGCUUGGCGCUCUUGUGCCGCUCCCGGCUGCCCGCAGAGGUCUGCAGGCAGGCGCAGCGGUCGCUGGGCGAGCGGCCGUGGACCCCUGGCCGCAUCGAUGCCGCCUGCGGCAGGUGGAGCGCCGGCGCUCCCGGGCAGCUGCGGCUGCUGGAGGGCCCCCCCGGGGAGGGCGCCGACGCGGGGGAAGUCCUCGACGCCCAGGAUAAGGCCAGGGUCGACGAGGUGAUCCAGGCCAAGGCCAAGAAGGGCCCAUACUCGGGCAGCGUCGCGGACCUCGACGAGGUCGUGUGCGAGAAGGCCGGGCCGAGGUGUGCGGCGACGAUCGCGGCCAUGGCGGCGCUGACGGGCGAGGGCAACCUGUCGAACGGCAGCCUGGCGAACGCCAGCGGGCCCGCCGAGGCGGCGCGCGGCAGCGCCGCGGGCUCGUCCGGGGCGAGCGGCACGGCCAGGAAGGUGGCGAAGAGGGGGAGCGGGAGGAACGCGAGCACCAAUGGCACGCUCGACGUCGGCGACGGCAACGCGAGUUCCACGGAGGCGUCGGCGAAGGUGUCCGCGUCGAGGGGCGCAGGCGCGAUGGGGAGCGGGCGCGCGAACACCAGCGGCACGCUUGACGUCGGCCUCGGCAACGGGAGCUCUCCAGAGUCGUCGGCGAACGUGUCCGCCGGGAGCGGGAACGGCAGCAGCGCCAAUGGCAGCUCGCCCUCGGAAGCCGACACUGCGUUCGCUGAGAUGCUGAAGGGCACAUCCGACGCAGAGGCGAACGUGUCUGCAGCGGCGGUCAACGCCACGCCGGGGAAUGUGUCUGCAACCAUGAACGCGACGGUCAACGGCACAGCUGACACGGGCUCCAGCAGCGGGAGUUCUCCCAACGCGUCCACGAACGUGUCCGCCAAUGUCUCUGCGAGGGCACCCGGCGUCACGCCGGGCGCGCUUGCCAGGAACAUCUCCGCGAACGGCACAGGCGGCGCCAGUCUGAUCAAAAAGUUGACUUCUCCCAACGCGUCCGCCAACGUGUCUGCGGCUGUGGCCAACCUUUCAGGAGAGGCGCUGGCCGAGAACUCCACGAUCGGUACAGUGGGAG